AUGGAUCCACAGAGCAGUAACGCACGAAACCCAGACGAUGUUGAAUUUGAAGAUGCUGAAUUCCAUGCCGUUCAUGAUGCUGAUGAGCAUUUGAGGAAUCCGACAUCAGACAACCAAGUUCUAUUUGACGAUCAGACCAGAAUGGAAUUCACUUCCCUAGAGCAAGCAUAUGUGUUUUAUCAGACAUAUGCCAAGAAGUCAGGGUUCUCUGCUCGAAAAGGAGGUGAACACCAUGUUGGUGGUAUUAUCAAGACUAAAUACUUUGUGUGUUCAGAGGAGGGGCAUAAACCUAUGGCUUUUGAUGAUCCUUAUUCGAAGUUAUCUAAGCCAUAUAAAAGGAUGAACAAGCUAACUAUUCGAACCGGGUGUAAAGCUCAAAUUAAGCUUUGUUCGACGGAUGGGAUGUUGUAUAAGGUUGAUAAGUUUGUUCAAGCGCAUAAUCAUUCAUUCGUGUGCCCCCAAGAUAUGCAUUUAUUACCGGCUUAUAGGCAUCUGUCCGAAACACAAGAAGAGAUGAUAUGGGAUCUUGGUACAUUGAAUUUUGGGCCAGUGAAAGCGUUCAAUAUAAUGAGACAGAUACGGUUGACCGAUAAAAAGCAGUUUAUGGUUGAUUAUUCAUUUGUACAUUCUGUCGAUGAAAGCAAGCGAUUAACUGGCCUGUUCUGGGCUGAUGGUUUGUGCAAACGUAACUAUGCUGAGUUUGGAGACGUCAUAUCGUUUGAUGCUACAUUCAAAACCAACAAGUAUAAAAUGGUUUUUGUACCCUUUACUGGUAUUGAUAACCACUGUCGAAAUGUGACGCUUGGAGCCGGGUUGCUAGCUUCCGAAAGUAUUGAAUCAUACAAAUGGCUGUUACAAUCAUUUUUGGACUCAUUUGGUAAGCAGCCGAAGGUUGUCGUCACUGAUCAGGACCCGGAGAUGAAACAAGCUAUCGAGGUGGUGUUCGAUAAGAGUAGGCACAGAUUAUGUAUGUGGCACAUAAUGAAGAAAGUUGCCGAUAAGGUGGGACUGAGUUGUGUAACAACGAAGACUUCAAAAGACGUAUGUGUGACAUUGUAUGGACUGAUUCGAUUGCGCCAUAAACGUUUGAGAGAGAAUGGAAACUGA